UCUUAUAAACCGGUGAUUGCUGAGCAUAAACAAUCUGUAUAGUACAAAGACAUUCAGUUUAAAAAUAUCAGUUUUAUUAGCAGCUAUGGAAGGCAUAUAUCAUCCUUCAAUGGAGUUGUGCACAUCUGGGAGAAAGCUCAUUACUAGUGUGAAUUAUGAACAUGACAUCUGCAUCAUGACAGUUCUACUAUCUACCUAAACAGUACCACAAUCUGGAGACCAAGUAUUCAAGUACCUAAGUCAAAUCAGAGACAUUUUGUAUUCAAACUACUAAAGCCCCCUGAAUCCUUGUCCUGUGCCAUGCUAUCUUGAACUGUCCAGGAAGAGCUGGAAACUGUAGACAGUUGAGUGAGUAAAAGCGUUCUGGCCCCACUCCAAAAGAGGUGAAGUUCCAGAUGACUGCAGCAUGAACACAUAGAUUUGUUUUGGAAAAGAAAAAGCAGAAAACACAACUUAUCUUUGAGUUAAUGGAGAAGUAUGUUACCGGCUACCCACACCAGUUUAAGGCGGAACCCUCUGCACUUCCACCUCAUUGCUGAUUCUAUUGCUGAGCAGAUCCUGGCUACGCUCUUCCAGACCUGGAUGGUACCUGCAGUGCAAGUAGACUUCUAUAAUGCUGAUGAACUCAAGUCUGAAGUGUCCUGGAUUCCCAACAAACAUUAUUCUGGGAUUUAUGGCCUGAUGAAGCUGGUUUUGACCAAGACUCUACCUGCCAACCUAGAGAGAGUCAUUGUCCUAGACACUGACAUAACCUUUGCAACAGACAUUGCAGAGCUGUGGGCCGUGUUCCAUAAGUUCAAAGGGCAACAGGUCCUGGGCUUGGUAGAAAACCAGAGUGACUGGUAUCUUGGAAAUCUCUGGAAAAACCACCGUCCAUGGCCAGCCCUUGGAAGGGGCUAUAACACAGGAGUCAUAUUACUGCUUCUAGACAAGCUUCGGAAGAUGAAAUGGGAGCAGAUGUGGAGGCUGACAGCAGAGAGGGAACUCAUGGGCAUGCUGUCAACCUCCUUGGCUGACCAGGAUAUUUUCAAUGCUGUUAUCAAACAAAACCCCUUUCUGGUGUAUCAGCUUCCCUGCUUCUGGAAUGUGCAGCUGUCAGACCAUACCCGCUCUGAACAAUGCUACAGAGAUGUGUCUGAUUUAAAGGUCAUCCACUGGAACUCCCCCAAGAAGCUCCGUGUGAAGAACAAACAUGUGGAAUUCUUCCGCAACCUCUACCUGACCUUCUUGGAGUAUGAUGGCAAUCUCCUGCGGCGGGAGCUGUUUGGAUGCCCCAGUGAGACUGAUGUCAACAGUGAAAAUCUUCAGAAGCAGCUGUCUGAGCUGGAUGAGGAUGACUUGUGUUAUGAGUUCCGGCGAGAGCGCUUCACUGUCCACAGAACCCACCUGUACUUCCUGCACUACGAGUUCGAGCCUUCUGCUGACAAUACAGACGUUACCCUUGUUGCUCAGCUCUCCAUGGACAGACUACAGAUGCUGGAGGCCAUCUGUAAACACUGGGAGGGACCCAUCAGUCUGGCCCUCUACCUGUCGGAUGCAGAAGCCCAGCAGUUCCUCCGCUAUGCCCAGGGAUCCGAGGUGCUCAUGAGCCGGCAGAAUGUGGGAUACCACAUCGUGUACAAGGAGGGUCAGUUCUAUCCUGUCAAUCUCCUGCGCAACGUGGCUAUGAAGCAUAUCAGCACACCCUACAUGUUCUUAUCUGACAUUGACUUCCUGCCUAUGUAUGGGCUCUAUGAGUACCUCAGGAAGUCUGUCAUCCAGCUUGACCUUGCCAAUACCAAGAAAGCAAUGAUUGUCCCAGCAUUUGAGACACUGCGCUACCGACUCUCUUUCCCCAAGUCAAAAGCAGAACUGCUGUCAAUGUUGGACAUGGGGACCCUAUUCACAUUCAGGUAUCACGUAUGGACUAAAGGCCACGCACCUACAAACUUUGCCAAGUGGCGGACUGCCACCACGCCUUACCAGGUUGAGUGGGAGGCUGAUUUUGAGCCAUAUGUUGUUGUGAGACGAGACUGCCCUGAGUAUGAUCGAAGAUUUGUGGGAUUUGGCUGGAACAAAGUGGCUCACAUCAUGGAAUUGGAUGCACAGGAGUAUGAGUUCACCGUGUUGCCCAAUGCCUACAUGAUCCACAUGCCCCAUGCCCCUAGUUUCGACAUCACUAAGUUCCGUUCCAACAAGCAAUAUCGCAUCUGUCUCAAAACCCUGAAGGAAGAAUUUCAACAGGACAUGUCCCGACGAUAUGGCUUUGCUGCCUUGAAAUAUCUCACGGCUGAGAACAAUAGCUAGCACUACGAAGGCCACCACUAGGAAGAGACAUGCCACAAGGGAAGAGCCACUUUCUGCCUGGGGCCCAGCCUUUGAAGACAAAAUCCAACACUGCUUUUCUUUGGUUUGUUUCCCUUUGUCUCUUUGGCCCCACAAAGCUACUCUCUUCUGAAAUCUUGAAUAGAGACCCAGUCCACCAUGGGUGCUUCCAGGAUGGAACAUAGAAGAGUGAAGCAAAUGAAGAGUUUAACAACUUACCACAAAGCUACAGACCAAGUCAGUUUCUGGAUGUUCCCAUUGCGUUUUUAACAGUUAUGAGUCAAACUUAGCUGUUGAGGAUGUAAGAGCAAUAAAGUUCCCUACAGUGGAAAUUUAACCUGCCACCUAGCUGGGUAACCAUGUGGAUAGCAACACAAGGACCCAAACAAACAUUUGGAGACUCUCAUAGGGACAUUAUACAUGCAGAGACCUGGAGGAGGGAUGAAUUGGUUAUUAUUUUCAAAAUCACUCUUGUUUUGUUUUGAGUUGUUCGAAUUUGUGGGAUUUUGUUCAUUUUGAUAUAGGAAACCAAGAUUUUAAAAUAUUUAAUCCUUAAAGCUCUAAAAGAAAAAAAUCAACUCCCUCAAUCAACACUCCUCAACAGCAGUGGCCCUGCAAAGACAAGCAUCCUUGAAGAAUGUUCAUGUGUGGACAGCUUCCUUCAUGAUGAACACAGAGAUCACCUGAUUCCAAGUUUCCAGUCUCUAGAUCCAGGGCUAUGACAGGGGCUACAGAAAUAUGAGACCAAAUACUAUAUGCAAGUCACAUUUUCUAUGGACCAUCACCAAGUCACAAGGAAAGGGCUUCAUGGAACUACUUCAGCAUUCACAGAAGGUAUGAUUCCCUUCUCAGGCCUUUAGAAGAACUUGGACAGUUCACAGAAGUCCAAUUUGAACUCUCAUAUGACUACACUGAAGCCACUGGAAGAAAUGGGUCAGGUAUCUCUGUGUUCUUCCCUGCCUCACUGUUGAAAGUGAGGAAGCUGAUGAACUUAGUUUUCCCUCAGGACCUGUCCGAGUGUUGGCACACACCUCUUCAUUGUGCAUAUGGAAGAAACACUGGACCCAUUUUCUUUACUCUUCACUAUUAAUGUUGUGUUUACAUUGAUGAGAACAAGAGUUAAUGGCAUACCCUAUACUGGGCUGUUUGUAUUGAGUUGCCAUGUGACCAGCAAAAGCUGGAUUCAAUAAAUGAAAUUCUUCCUCUUCUCUCUCC